GUCACCAGUGGGGGCCCUGCAUUGCACAACAGUCACCAGAGGGGGCCCUGCACUGCACACAAUGUGUGUUUUAUUAUAUAUUGAUAGCAGGGAGUCUGAUCCUUACUGACGGCUGAUAAGUGACUCGGGCAUGGUGGGACUUGUAGUCCUUCUAUAAUAAUCCCAGGCUGAGUCAGCAGGAGGAAGUUCCACGUGUCACCAGCAGAGGGCGCCGGAGACCGGCAGCGAGCAGACAGGCGGCAGAGCAGCGCUGCGGGGAGUAAUGCCGGCCAUGAGCACCGGGGAUGUGUGCGCCGGACAGGAGGCGCUCCCGGUGCCGGUGUGCGGACCACGGGCGGAGCUGCCGGUCUUCCAGUACACCCCAGAGCUGAUUGCUGGCCCCGGAGCUGAGCUGGACCCAAGUGAAGUCACAAUCCAGGGGUGCGACUGCCAAGGAGCGACCUGCGUGCCAGAGGAAUGCACUUGUCUGCCCGAUGGCGAGAACUAUGCAGACCGCAGAUUGCACAGCAGCCAGAAGCCCGUCCUGGAAUGUAACAUCCUGUGUCACUGCGGGGAGUCGUGCACCAACCGGGAGACUCAGCGGGGGCUGCACUUCCAACUGCUACUGUGCCAGGUGCCGGGGAAGGGAUGGGGCCUGCGCACGCAGGAGGAGAUACCCAGCGGGCGCUUCGUGUGCGAGUACGCGGGAGAGGUGCUGGGUCAGGACGAGGCCCGCAGCAGGAUCCAGUCACAGGACCCUAGCGCCAGCAACUACAUUAUCGCAGUGCGUGAGCACCUGCACAGCGGCCAGGUCCUGCAGACCUUCGUGGACCCCACGUACAAGGGCAACCUGGGCAGGUUCCUGAACCAUUCGUGCCAGCCCAAUCUGUUCAUGCUGCCAGUCCGUACCCACUCCAUGGUCCCGAAGCUGGCACUCUUUGCGGCUCGCGAUAUACGGGCCGGGGAGGAGCUGUGUUACGAUUACUCAGGGAGGGCUUUUAACCUCGGGGGAGAGACUCAGGAUGGGGACAGGGGAGGAGAUGAGGGGGGCAGACGCUCGCGCAAGAGGUGUCGCUGUGGGACUGCGGCCUGUUCUGGGUACCUGCCCUUCGACGGCUCUCUGUACCAAGCAGACGUACAGGAAGCCUCUGCGAGCUGCUGACCGGACCUGUCUCUCUACCAGACCUCUGCUCCGGCCUGUACGUGCCACGUUCUUAUGUCUCUCGUCAUUGGCUGUCCGUGGCUCUGUAGUUGUAGUGGAAGGCUGGCAGCGGCAUUCUGGGACUUGUGGUACUAGAGUGACUGUAAAUGGACCAGUUUUGUAUCGUGCGGGGUGAUCCAGUGUGCAGACAUAACUUCCUCCAUGAAGCAGUGAGAGUGCAGAAGUUGCCCAUGGCAACCAUUCAGCUGCUCCGUACAAUUGUAUAGUAUGCAAAUUAUAAAUGUUACUUCAGUGCUGAUUGGUUGCCAUGGGCAACUUCUCCACACUUUUCACUGCUUCAUGAAUAGACACCUUAAGGGGGGACAUUUUACUAAGCAGUGAUAAGAGCGGAGAAGUGAGCCAGUGGAGAAAUUUCCUCAUCAACCAAUCAGCAGCUCUGUAUCAUUUUAUAGUAUGCAAAUUAUAGAUGUGACUUCAGUGCUGAUUGGUUGCCAUGGGCAACUUCUCCACUGGCUCACUGCUCCACUCUUAUCACUGCUUAGUAAAUGUCCCCCUUACCUCUGUGCCAGUGGUGGCUGGGCCCGGGGGCUUUUAAGGGGAUCCGGUCUGAAGAUCGACAGUGUCUAGGUCGACAAUGUUUAGGUCG